AUGGCAACCGCCGCAGCCACAUACGCAGGCGUGACGGCUCUGAUCGCCAACAUCGCGAGACAGCAUGACCCUACUCGCGAAUCUUCCUUCAGUGCCCAAAUAGCCGCCAAUGGUGCCGAGAACGCUGCCAACGCCAUCUCCAUACCUGGCCCCGACUGUCCAGAGAAAACCGAGCUGGAGCAGCAGAUAGCCGCCCUCUGCGCCCGCGUCGACUUCCUUGAGCGCAAGAGCAGCGCAGCCCAGCACCAAGGCGUACUCCCACCCACGCCUGCGCAAGACCCCCCCGAGGACGGCCUGGGCUCCACCCCAGCGGGCUCCCUCCGCAGCAAUGGUCCGCCCGGCCAGGGACGCCGAGGCUCAACCAAGGAAAGAGCACAAUGGGUCUCCAAUUGGUUGGCGGCAAAGGAAACAAAUGGUGAUGCUGAGGAGCCUGCUGCAGCCCUGACCGAAGAGCAGCUCAACUACCUACGCAGUCACCUCAACCAGCAAGCAGACCAGGCAAGUCUUUCGUCUGAAGUCAAGAAUCAACUGACUACCCAGAACAUGGUUUUCGAACACGGCAUCGAGGACAUUGGAGCGCUCAAGCGGGAGCUGGGCAAGCACCAGCAAGCCAACUUGGCCUUCCAGAAAGCGCUACGAGAAAUUGGUGCGAUUGUCACAGCAGUCGCUAUGGGCGAUCUGAGCAAGAAAGUCUUGAUACAUGCCAAGGAAAUGGACCCGGAAAUCACUCUGUUCAAACGCACAAUCAACACCAUGGUGGAUCAGCUACAAGAAUUCGCCAGUCAAGUCACUUUUUUGGCCAGAGAGGUCGGCACAGAGGGAAGGCUUGGCGGCCAGGCCAAUCUGCCUGGCGUUGCUGGCAUUUGGGCCGAGUUGACCGAUAGUGUCAAUGUAAUGGCCAACAACCUGACGCAGCAAGUACGAGAGAUUGCUGUAGUCACAACUGCUGUCGCCCAUGGCGACCUCAGCCGAAAGAUUGAACGUCCCGCCAAGGGCGAAAUUCUACAGCUUCAACAAACGAUCAAUACCAUGGUGGACCAACUCCAGUCGUUCGCAACCCAAGUCACAAAAGUGGCCAGAGAUGUCGGCACCGAAGGAAAGCUUGGCGGGCAGGCUGAGAUUGCGGGUGUGCAGGGCAUGUGGAACGAACUCACGGUCAAUGUGAACGCCAUGGCGCAAAACCUGACGACACAGGUACGAGACAUCGCACAGGUAACGACGGCUGUGGCACAAGGCAACCUCACUCAGAAAGUAGAGGCUGAAUGCAAGGGCGAGAUUUUGGACCUGAAACUGACCAUCAAUCGCAUGGUGGACCAGUUGCAACAAUUUGCACACGAAGUCACCAAGAUAGCACGAGAAGUCGGAUCCGAAGGUCGACUUGGCGGACAGGCUACAGUACAUGGUGUCGAGGGUACCUGGAAAGACCUCACGGAAAACGUGAAUGGUAUGGCCAUGAAUCUCACAACCCAGGUGCGAGAAAUCGCAGAAGUCACUACAGCUGUCGCGCGAGGGGAUCUGAGCAGAAAAGUCAAGGCCGAGGUACAGGGUGAGAUCUUGUCACUCAAGAUUACCAUCAACACCAUGGUGGACCGUUUGAAUACGUUCGCACAGGAAGUUAGCAAGGUCGCUCGCGAGGUCGGAACCGACGGAAUCCUAGGGGGUCAGGCACAAGUCGACAACGUCGAGGGCAAGUGGAAGGACCUAACCAACAAUGUCAACACGAUGGCGCAAAACCUCACGCUGCAAGUGCGAAGUAUCUCCGAAGUCACACAGGCGAUUGCCAAAGGAGACAUGAGCAGGAGAGUCCACGUGGACGCCGAGGGAGAAAUUCGCCUACUCAAGGACACCGUCAACGACAUGGUGAUGAGGCUGGACGAAUGGUCACUCGCCGUGAAACGCGUCGCUCGCGAUGUGGGUGUGGAUGGCAAGAUGGGCGGUCAGGCCGACGUCCGCGAUAUUGACGGCAGAUGGAAGGAAAUCACGACAGACGUCAACACCAUGGCCCAAAACCUUACAUCGCAAGUGCGAGCAUUCGGCGACAUCACCAACGCAGCCAUGGAGGGCAAAUUUACGCAAAUCACCGUCGAAGCCUCGGGCGAAAUGGACGAGUUGAAGCGCAAGAUCAACCAGAUGGUGGCCAGUUUACGUGAAAGUAUUCAGCGCAACACGGCCGCAAGGGAGGCUGCCGAAUUGGCCAACAAAACCAAAUCAGAAUUCUUGGCAAACAUGUCGCACGAGAUCAGGACGCCCAUGAACGGAAUCAUUGGAAUGACACAGUUGACGCUGGACACGGAUUUGACGCAUGCACAACGCGAGAUGUUGACCAUUGUGCACAACCUGGCUGGACAAUUACUCACCAUCAUUGACGACAUUCUUGACAUCUCCAAGAUUGAGGCAAACCGCAUGGUCAUGGAGGAGAUUCCAUUUUCCAUGAGGGGCACCCUAUUCAACGCGCUCAAGUCGUUGGCUUCACGGGCGAAUGAGCGCAAGUUGAACCUGGCGUACGAUGUCAACCACAAGGUGCCGGAUUACGUUAUUGGCGACUCCUUCAGGUUACGACAGAUUAUUCUCAACCUGGUUGGCAAUGCCAUCAAAUUCACUGAGCUGGGGGAGGUCAAGGUCGCCAUCUCCAUGGCGCAAGACCAAGAAUGCGGGCCGGACCAGUACGUUUUUCAGUUUGCCGUAUCGGACACUGGCAUAGGUAUUCGUGGCGAUAAGCUCAACCUCAUUUUCGACACAUUCCAGCAAGCGGAUGGAUCAACGACGAGGAAAUUCGGUGGUACCGGUCUUGGUCUGUCCAUCUCCAAGCGUCUGGUCACGUUGAUGGGCGGACGCAUGUGGGUGGAGUCCGACUUUGGCAAGGGCAGUGUCUUCUACUUCACGUGUAGAGUGCGUCUUGGCAAGCCCGAGAUCUCUGCGAUUCAACCCCAGCUCAUGGCCUACAAGGGCCACUCGGUCUUGUUUGUCGACCAAGGCAAUACCAACUUCUCGGAGCAGAUCAUUGAGCAUAUCAAAGCUCUUGAACUUGUGCCCAUGGUGGUCAAGGGAGUGGAUGAGGUGCCAGACACUGCGACCAAAGCGGAUAUGCCCUUUGACUGUGUCAUCGUGGACAACGAGAGGACAGCCAGGGAGCUCAGGAUUGCUGAGCGAUUCAAGUACAUCCCGCUUGUCGUGCUUACACCGCACAUCACUGUCAGCCUGAGGUCUGCGCUCGAGAAUGGUAUCUCUAGCUACAUGACCACGCCAUGCCUGCCGAUUGACUUGGGUAAUGCGCUCAUUCCAGCUCUUGAUGGGCGAGCUGCGCCACUGGUCUCGGACCACUCGAAGUCGUUCAAUAUUCUGCUAGCCGAAGACAACGCCGUCAACCAGAAGCUUGCAGUGAGGAUCUUGGAGAAGUAUCAUCACCGGGUGACGGUGGCCAACAAUGGUCUCGAGGCCUUUGAGCAUAUCCAGAAGAAACGCUAUGACUGCGUUCUCAUGGAUGUGCAGAUGCCUGUUAUGGGUGGAUUCGAAGCAACUGCCAAGAUCCGCGAAUGGGAACGUGAGAAUGGCAUUCCGUCCACAUCAGUCAUUGCCUUGACUGCCCACGCCAUGGUGGGCGAUCGCGAGAAGUGUCUUGCAGCCCAAAUGGAUGACUACCUCUCGAAGCCUUUGCGGCAGAACCAGCUCAUCCAGACGAUUCUUCGAUGUGCUACCCUCGGUGGCGGCAAUCACGUCGCGCGAGAUCACCUACCGGACCUUCAAAUGCCGGGUAGUUCGAGUCCAGCGGCUAAGAAGCGACCACAGCUCGAGACUAGGGGGUACACGGAGCGGGGCGGGGCUGAUAGCCCAAGGCUACUGGCAGUGGAUCAGACGGAUAACAACAGUGUCGAGAGACUGUUACUUCGCAGCCACAGUAGCUGA